GCCUUGGCGUGCGGUUGUCGCCGUAUUUCCCGCAUAAAAUGGAACCGAAGCAUUCUAAUUUCCGCGAAAAUUUAUAGAAAAGAGUUAGAAACAAAAAUUGCAUAACCAUGAUUAUGUAAGAUUUAUAACAUACGGUGAAUUUUUGUGGUGAUUUUUUUUUCGGAUAACCAAUGUUGAGUUUAUAGAUUUACGCUGCCAUGGCUAUGCAGUCGAGCUGAGGUUGGACAGCGCUAGCGGUGGUCGGAUCGGUGAAGCUGCGAAAGAUGCGCUGGAUAUUCCCCGUCCCAGUUCUUCUGAUGUCCUGGUUUGGAGUGGACCAAGUAAAAGCAAACUCGUGCAUCAGAACUGCAUUAUGGGCACUAUCUCUCAGCCCCCUUGUUCAGGCGAAAUGCCAAACGCGGUCGAUAUACUGCUACGAGUGCGACAGUUGGACGGACUCGAGGUGCAAGGACCCGUUCAAUUACACCGCAUUGCCGCGCGACCAGCCGCCUCUGCAGACCUGUAACGGCUGCUGCGUCAAGAUGGUGCGCUACUCCAAGAGUCCAUACGAGGUGGUGAGGCGAACGUGCACAUCACAGUUACAAAUCAAUCUGUUCAUGGUGGACCACGUUUGUAUGAUGGAAAGUACAGGCACUGGUCACAUGUGUUUCUGCGAGGAGGACAUGUGCAAUGCGGCGCCGACUGUCGACGUCGACACCACGCUGGCGCUGCUCGCACUAACCCUGCUAGCAUGUGCAUGUUGCAGGUGAAGUAGGACGGUAGUGAUGGCCGGUUGUUGUCACCGAUCGAUCUGCGAUUCACCAUAUUGUUAACGAUCGAUUUUAUUCGAAUCGACUCGAUCAUACAAUCGAACCGCAAAAUGUUGAGUUGUGGACUU